GAGUGCGUGUGUGUGUGUGUCGGAGUGGGCGGGGCCUCUGAUUGGACGAUAGGAGCUGAACUUUGUCUCUUCAGUUUGAGCGGCUGACAGGAAGCGGUGUGAGAGCCUGUUAGCAUAGCAUCAAAGCAAGAUGGUGGACGUUAAGUUUCGAAAGAUUUCUGCGUCAUCAGAGGGGCUGGAUGCACGACCAUUCAGAAACACUACCAGCUGACUGCAGACUGAGGCGGGGCCAUUUAUCACUCACACACUGAUGCUAACGUAAUGUUUUUACCAGCACUGAUGUUCAGGAACUCUUAAACUUUAAAGAUGUAACCUGAAGCUGUUGUUUCCAUAGUAACAGAGACUCUCUACAGAUGACCGUCAGGAUGUUGUAACUCGCUCUGCUCAGCGUCUUCCUCACACAGCCCCCCCUGCAGCGCCCCCUGCAGCGCCCCCUGCAGCCCCCCCUGCAGCCCCCCCUGCAGCACCCCCUGCAGCCCCCCCUGCAGCACCCCCUGCAGCCAUGGACAGCAUCCCUAAGAGGUGGGUGCUGAAGCCGCUGUCCCCGCUGCUACAACCUUCAGACCUGCGCUCCAUCGCAGGCCCUGCCCUCAGCCCCGCCCUAAGCCCCGCCCCUGACAUGGAAGAUCCUGUCCUCGGCUCUGACAUCAUCUCCAUCACACGCAGUCAGUCCUCAGUGGUUGUCUCCUCUCAGGGCGACCGCUUGAGGGAUGUGGUAGUUCAAGCGCGAAUGGUGGCGGUGUCUCAGGAUGGAGUCCCCACCAGUGAAGAGUGGCUUCCCAGUAGUCCCAGUAAUCCCAGCAGUCCCAGUAGUCCCAGCAGUCCCAGUAGCAGCUCAGGGUCUCAGUGUGGGUUCUACUCAUUCGUGGAGGAUCCAACCAGUCCUGAGGCAGAGCUGAAUGAAGCCUGGAUGAUCUCUGCAAAGCGGCAGACGCAGCUGGCCAUCCUGAAAGAAGAGAAAGGAUUUAAACUUCAGACCUACAGCAGCAGCAGGAAACCAGAGAGUCUGUUCUCAGAGAGUAACGCAGACUCCCCGUACAAAGUGGAUCCAAACAAUGGCGUCUCGGUCGUCCGGGAGGAAGAGGAGAGGCAGCUUCGAAUGGAGAUCAUUCGCAGGCAAGCACAGAAGAAGAGUCCAAUAUUCAAAGUUCCUCUGGAUGUGGAUCCCUGCAGAUCUGCAGACACCCUGAUUGAAGGAUUUAGUGUGAGCUACAGUCCUGUCACAUCCAGACCAGAUCCGCCAGGCCCUGCUGAGCCCGGAACCAUUGACAAGGAGCAGAUCAACUUCAGCACCGCCCGACAACAGUUCCUGAAGAUCGAGCAGGACCGACUGACUGCACUCCUCAACCCGCUCAGAUCCUUGAUAACACCUCAGAACAGGUCUCUGCUCAGAGACCCUGAAGGUCCAGCAUCAAAGCAGGAAGUGACCUGUGAUGUGGAAGUGAGCCAGGUUACUCUGAGGUUCAGACCCACAGAAGAAGAGGAGAGCUUCCCUCAGAGGAAGGUGACGAUGUACCGGACUGAGGACAGCCGGCAGAGCAGUGUGUUGGAUGACCUGGACUCAGGCCUGGAGGAUCUGUCUUUGGAGGUGUUCACUGACAGGUCCACGACUGAAACCCCGAUUGAAAGGGAAAUCCGGUUAGCUCAGGAACGUGAGGAGAACCUCCGCCGCUCUCGAGGCAUGAAGCCAAGCGACAGCAAAGCAGAGAUGAUCCAGAUCAGAACCAAACGUUUGCAGUCGCUACAAACUCCGCUCAGAGCCAAAGACAAGACCCGAGUCAGCUUUGUGUUCCAGCGUGAGAUCCAGAAAGAGAACCAGAGGGAGGAAGAGCCCCAGCAGCAGGGAGGACUCCUGGGUCGGUACAGUCUCAAUCCUCCACAGGAGGCGGGACACAUAAAGAGCGAGUUUGAUCAACAAGACGAGGUGGAGGGCUCAAAACCAAGACCUCCAUCUGAGUCUGAAGAAGUCUUUCCGUCUCCUUGCUGUCCUCACCGACAUCCGGAGGAAACCGAAUUCUACACCAGCAAAACCAGUUCAACGUCUUCUUUCCUCUCAGCAAGGGAUCGAACAACAUCUUCAUCCUCCCACUCCUCCCACUCCUCUCCAUCACUGACCUACCAGCAUGACUCCACCUCAACCACACCCCGGUCCUGGAGAGAGAACCUGGAGUCCACGGGCCUGCAGUCCAGGGGACAAGGAGCUCCAGAUUUCAUUGAGAAGGAGAUCCAGGAGGCCCUCAGGAGGGAGCAGGAGCUGAGGGAGCUGAGGGAGCUGAGGGAGUCCAGGGAGGAUCGACAGCCCUGCUCUCCAGCUCCUCUGGUGGAACAGGCUACCAAGAUAGCUGUCAGUCAGUUCUACCCUCCUCUAAAGACAGAUAAAACCAUCUCUUGGUCCUCUUCUUCUCCUCGUCCCUCUGCCCGUCUGCCGUUCAUCACUGCUCAGCCAUGGACCUACUCCCCUCCCUCCUCCUCCUCCACUUACCUUGUCUCCUCCACCCUCCCCGCCUCCUCCACCGUGGGGUUCCAGCAGGCCCCGCCUCCUCUUAGAGGACUCACAGAGACUCUUCUUCAGGACCUUGAGGAGAGACGAUUUCAGCUGAAACUGGAGGAGAGCACUUACGCAGGAAUCCAGCCGGUCGACGACGUCAACAACGAGGUCGUUGAGUCGACUCGAGUCAUUCGUCAUAAGAAUCUCAGAGCUUUGCGUUGGGAGGCCGGAGCGUUCACCAACCUGGAGGAUCAGUGAGGACCUGGAGGAUCUGGUCUCGGACGUUUCUUUGAUUUUCUGAUUCAGCUGACAUUAAAAUGUUUGAACUGGAACACUCAAACGACAGUAUUCUCCUGAUUGGUAUUCAAAGACUGCAUGGUUUCUCCUCGUCGAAUCAGCUGUGAGCUGCUUUGAGUGAAGCGUGAAGAGGAGCACUGUGUUUGACCUGCAGAUUGAUGAAGCUUUCUGUUUCUCUGAAUCAUCUGAAUCUGAUUGUUUUCAUGAUUUAAAGUGAAGAUUCAAAAAAUCAAAGAAAACAUUUUAUUAAGUGUCAGAUUACAAACUUGUGCACACUCCACUCUAAGAUGAACUUCAAUAAAUCAAUAUUGGUCUGAUACAA